AACAAACCUACAGAACAAAUCGGCGGUUCCAAGCCAAAAUUACCGAAACAACCUCACACUUUUUGUUAAAUUACACUCUCGAAAACUGUAAGCUCAAAUUCUCCCCACUCAUUUGAAGUACAGCUGCAUGUCACUCGCAUCAAAUCGGGCGCAGAAACCCAUCUUCUUAAGUUAACAGAAAUUACACACAAUUUUACGUAUAGUGAUUGUGCGAAGGUGUGCAAGAGCAUAGGGGGAAAAUGGAGAAAGCAUUGGUGAAAGUCGGAAGCAUCAAAGCUAAAGCAGGAAGCUAUUGGAUUGCAAAGAAAGCUAAACAGGAGUUGUCCAACAUCUCCGAUGACCUAACUACUUUAUCAACUACUGUUGAAGAGAAGGCAAAAUGGAUUUUUAACAAGCUCAAAGGAAAACCGGAGAAGUCCUUGCCGGAGCUCCUCCGUGAGUUCAACUUACCACCGGGUCUUUUCCCUGACAACAUAGUAUCUUAUGAAUUUGAUGAAACAAAGGGAAAACUAGUGGUGCAUUUGCCCUCAGCUUGUGAGGUAAGCUUCAAGGACUCAUCUGUCAUAAGGUACGCCACUCGAGUGAAAGCCAUUUUGUUGAGGGGAAAGUUGAGUAACAUUGAAGGAAUGAAAACAAAGGUGUUGGUAUGGGUCAAAAUCACAAAUAUUGCAGUUGAAGGUUAUCGAUCAGAUAAGGUCUGGUUUACUGCAGGAGUUAAAAGAUCUAAGCCUAAAGAUGCUUAUGAAAUUCCUAGUGUUGCCAUUCGAUGUCAAGAAUUUUGAAAACUGUAUCAAAUUGACCCUAAAUUUUCUACUUUUAUCGCUGUGUUUGGAUUUGCGUUGCUUCUUACAAGUUUCAUUUUACAUAUUGAUAUUAUUAUUAGUAAAUACAUUGUUACCAUUA